CACAAAGCAGACUACACACACACCGUUAGUAUGAAGUAGUUAAUACAUAAUGGUAGACAAUAUGGCAUAACUUAUGUACAAUUAUUCUAUCAAUUAGUUUCGAUUGAAGGUGACACCAUUAGGGAAAUGACUGUCCAAAGGUCAGUAAUGACAACCCACUCCCGCUGUAGUUUACAACCUUCACUCACUCCAGGAAAGACAGCACAACGACAAGCAGCAAGAUGAAGCACCUGUUGUUUUGGGGAAUGGUUUUUGCUGCAAUCCACAUCAGCCAUUCAGCAGUUCCAGAAUUCUGUCAGUUGCCCCCUAAUGAAGGUGAAGGCAUGUCCUUCCUGUUUUUUGUGUAUUAUGAUCCCGUCAAAGAUCAGUGCAAUCCUUUCAUAUACAAAGGCGAAGGAGGAAAUGGCAACCGUUUUGUAAAUGAAAGACAGUGCAUAAGAAACUGUUCCACCAAUGCAGAGAGGAUCUACCCCAUGGUUGAAUCUGAAGCUUGCCACUUCAAAAAGGCCAUAGGUGAAUGUAGUGGUCAGUAUUUGAGGUAUUAUUACGAUUCUGUUCAUAACAAAUGCAAACGGUUCAUUUGGUCUGGCUGCAUCGGAAAUGGAAACAGAUUUUUCGACUAUAACAGCUGCAAUGCCACAUGUGCUGGCAUCCACGAUGAAGGUGAUGAACUGGAAGAGGACGAGCCAGACACUCCUAUUGCGAUCAUCUGUGGAGUUUUGCUUGCUGCCAUUGUUUGCUCUAUCUUAAUAACUGUGAUCGUCUUGACCGUUCAGUCAAAGAAAAAGGUCUCAAAGAAGGCACAAGGAAAAAGUAAAGAGCCCAAGUCUGAGUCACCUCUUCAGGGGCACGGAAUUGAAAUGGCAUAGAUGAUCAUGUCACCUCGACAUGUGGAGUUUUUACCAGAGUGAUUUUACAUUAUAGCUGUACUAGUCUUGAAGCCAAACCUAUCAACUGAUUAUAACAUUUAAGUCCAAUUAAGAUUUUUUUAAUGACAUAUGUAAUAGCAAUAACAGUUUUGUUCAAUUUUGUAUUUUGGUUCACCUCAACGACAUGUGCAAAGUGAUGUCUCUUAAGUUGUAUUUUUGGCUGGGGGCUUUAUCCUAUGCUUUUAUUCAGUAAUCCUAAAUAAAUCUGUUUAGUCAAAGUGUAAUCAAAAAGAAAACAGAACUUAAACAAUUUGCUAAUUUAUCCAUCGAUUGAACUGAUUAAUCACUAACUAUUUUUUCAAGAAAAAAUGACAGCCAUUCCCUUUGUUUCAGCUUGUUAGAAUUUCCUGCUUUUCUUUCUCUUAUGCGCUAGCAAAGUUAACAUAUUUAGUUUUGCAUUGUUGGUUGGACAGAACAAGCAAUUUAGGACUAAGGAAAUUGUGAAUCCUUAUGAAUUUCUGAUUUUAUACACCAAACAAUUAAUUGAAACAUAAUCAGUAUAUUAAUUAUUAAUAAAAAUUAAUUGUAAAAGAGACAUCUGUCAAACACAUCCAUCAUUCAUGCUGGAAAACUUCUAUUUCUUAUUCUAAUUCUGUUUAAGACAUACAUUCGAGCUCAGGAGCAGAACUACAUCGUUUCAACUUCAGACACUCAUGCUCAUCAUGUGCACUGUUAUCUGUUGUGUUUUUAGCUGUGUGAUCUCAUAAGAAUUUCAGUGUUUCAUUUUACCCAACCUUAUGAGUGAAAUUAACUAUGAUGCUGGGCUGCUGCUGCUAUUACUUCUACUACUACUACU